GUUUUGCCAUGAACAUCUGAUCCAGGUGAGGUGUCCACACUUGUACCGCCUGGUGCAGGAUCGCGUCAAUGGUGCAGCUUCAGGUAGUGACACAGCUGAGCAGGACGACAAUUUGGAUUCGUUGCUUCGGGCAGUGAAGGAUGACAACGUGAAGGCUCCGCGACAUGCGCCUCCGGGGUGGAUGGCUUCGGAGUGCUCGUCGCACUGUCACUGGAUCCCAGUGGAUUUACCACACAUCAUCUUGCACCACUUCCUGUUGUUUCUGUACUCAGACAGCACCAGGUUUGGCCAUUUGUCCAUGGACCAACUCUAUAGGU